ACACGCUCUAUUGUAAGUCAGCCUUACUCGUAACGGUAGUCUAGAACUGAACUCACACAUCUGCUCAAGCUUCAUAGACAAACACACAGUAGAGGUGGGACUCAUAUUCACCCUAACCGAUCAUUGGGCCUGCAACGCAACACAAUUAUAGAACUCCUGUUACCUUUCAUUUAAUUAUAGUAAUUGCCAGGAGAAGACUUUGUCUGGAGCCUGUUGACCAAGGAUUAUUUUUUCACAAAACCUGUAGGACUCAUUCUAUCUGGAGCAAGCAUCUUAUUGCAGGAAUUCAAGAGAGACCAUGGGGAACUGCCCCCUCAAAUUCCGUACCAAACAGAGAUCUCAGGGUAACCCCAUCGCACCAGGCCUCCCCGCCUGCUCUGCAGAUAUGAACUUCGUUGUGUCUCUGCAUGACUUCCCCUGCUACGGCGAGGCCGGGUUCUCCCUGCAGGUCGGGGAGCGUCUCUCCGUCGUGUCCGAUGACGGGGAUUUCUUGAUGGUUAAAUCUGCGCGCACGGGCCACGAGAUCUACGUGCCCACCGAAUGCACGUCAAAAGUGAUAAACAGGUGGUUCUUUAAAGGCCUCAGCAGGUACAAGGCCGAGGAGCUGCUCAUGCAGACCCACAACUGCACCGGAGCCUUCCUAGUCCGGGAGUCAGAGUCCAACCCAGAUCAAUACUCGUUGUCUGUAUUAAAGAGACCCGAGUCGUACUUGGGCUCGGUAAAGCACUACCGCAUCAGCCGUAUCGCAAACGGCUGGUUCUACAUAGCCCAGAGGCUCACCUUUUCCUCCCUGCAGCACCUUGUUCAGCACUAUACUGAGUUCACCGAUGGGUUAUGCUGUACCCUGGAUAAGCCCUGCUUCGUCCUGGGUUCAGACAACACCUCCCUAACCAUCCCCACAGAGAGGAGCGUUCCUUUGCCGUUGGCGAUCAGAAGACCCACCAUUAACUGGAAGGACGUCACCAGGUCGAUGCUUUUCAGGGGAAACAGAGCGGAAUCAGAGCACUCUCUGGUGAGCGAUGGCCUGAGGGAAGCCAUCAGCUCCUACCUCUACAUGACGGAGAUAAAUGAGCGAGACUUCGUAUGA